AUGCGGAUUUGUCUAAGGAAGGGGGAGAGGAUGCGGAUUUGUCUAAGGAAGGGGGAGAGGAUGCGGAUUUGUCGAAGUAAUGGGGAAACGAUGCGGAUUUGUCUAAGGAAGGGGGAGAGGAUGCGGAGUUGUGGAAGAGGGGAGGAUGCGGAUUUGUCUAAGGAAGGAGGAGAGGAUGCGGAGUUGUGUAAGGAAGUAGGAGAGGAUGCGUAUUUGUGUAAGGAAGGGGGAAAGGAUGCGGAUUUGUCUAAGGAAAGGGAGAGGAUGCGGAUUUGUCUAAGAAAGGGAAGGGGCGAGGAUGCGGAUUUGUGUAAGGAAAGGGGAGAGGAUGCGGAUUUGUCUAAGGAAGGGGGCGAGGAUUCGGAUUUGUGUAAGGAAGGGGGAGAGGAUGCGGAUUUGUCUAAAGAAGGGGAGAGGAUGCGGAUUUGUUUAAGGAAGGGGGAGAAGAUGCGGAUUUGUGAAGGGGGAGAAGAUGCGGAUUUGUGUAAGGAAGUAGGAGAGGAUGCGGAUUUGUCUAAGGAAGGGGAGAGGAUGCGGAUUUGUCUGAGGAAGUGGGAGAGGAUGCGGAUUUGUCUAAGGAAGGGGAGAGAAUGCGGAUUUGUCUAA